CAUCUCAAACAAAGCACUACACUGCAGUUCGUAGUCAACAUGAAGCUCUUCGUCGCGGUUUUCGCCCUGAUUGCUGUCGUGGCCGCCCAGGACUUGUACACCAGCAAGUUCGACAAUGUGGACGUUGACGAGAUCCUCAAGUCAGACCGGCUAUUCAAGAACUACUACCAGUGCCUGAUGGACGAGGGCCGUUGCACUCCGGAAGGUAACGAACUGAAGCGUAUCCUGCCGGAAGCCCUCGAGACGAACUGCGCCAAGUGCAGCGAGAAGCAGCGUGCUGGUGCCGUCAAGGCUUUCGGAUAUCUGAGCGAAAACCGACCGACCGAAUGGAAGGGCCUGCGGGAACGUUUCGACCCGGAAAACAAGUACAUCGAACAGUACCGCGAAGAAGCCGAGAAGAACGGAAUCAAGUUGUAAACAAAUGUGGUUCAUUUUUACGCAGACUU